AUGGCUGCUGGGGGCUCACCUGGGCGCGCUGAUGCAGGGGACCGGCAAAGCAGCCCUAGGCACGAGCACGGGCGAGUGAAGAGAAGGAGGAGCAGCGGCGGUGGGGAAGGGCAGCAGGCCCACACUGGAAGGCGAGCGCGGCACAACAACUGGGGAAAGAAAACCGCUCGCCCCCCUUCCAUCACCUUGUCGCCCACUCUUCCCAUCUGCGCCGGCCCUAGCUCUCAGCAGGCUGAGAGUGAGUCCCAGCAGCCUGCCGCUGCCUCCCCACUGAAACAGGCUGGACUGCGUGCCAUGCAUGUCCCGCGCAUCCUUCCACACCUCGCGCCCGCUCCUGCUGCCCCACCCCAUGCUGCUGCCCCCCUUGCUUCUCACACGCCCGCUAGCACCCCCCCCGCCGCUGGUGCUAGUGGCACCAGUAUGCGCGCCCGUCCCGUGCCCAGUAGGCCGCGAGUUCCGGCUGCUGUUGUACAGGCCCGAGAGCGCCACGGGGCUGCUGCUGCACCGACAGCUGCCCCCGGCGGCGAGGGCGGCGGCAGCGGCGGAGGUGGAGGCAUUGACGGGGAAGCGGGGGCGCGCGUUGAACGAGCUGCUGCUGCCCAGGAACGCGCCCGGGCAUUGUGGCAUGCUGCCGCUAUUGCUGCUGCUGCCGCUGCACCCCUGCUUCUCCCCGUACCUCUCCCCCUGCCACUCCCCCUGCCUCUCCCUGUGCCUCUCCCCCUGCCUCUCCGCGUGCCUCUCCCCGUGCAUUUCCCCCUACAUCUCUCCGUGCCACUCCCCAUGCCUCUCCCCAUGCCCGUGAGCCACCUCCCACCCACCUUCCUCCCUCCUCUCUGUGCUCUCCUCCGCCUGUCCUUCCACCUCCCCAUCAACGCUCCAACCACUCCCCCUUUCUAA